AUGACUGAAAUGCAUGUUCGACCGGAUCUGCCGACGAUUAGCUUCGUUGGACUUCCACCUGGAGCUGAACCCGGUUUCAACCAAAAUGUCCUAUCGCACGGUACAUCAGGUGUUCUUGAGGAAUAUGAAAUAGUAACCCCAAGUGGUAUUCCUCUCCGUGUCUAUCGUCAGCCAUCAGACUCAAAGUCUGCUAUUUUGACCUACCAUGAUAUCGGCACUAAUCACACCUCCUUCUUCGGAUUCUUCUCCUAUCCAGAAAUGCGAGUGAUUUCUCAGCACUUCACAAUCUAUCAUGUUUGCGCCCCUGGACACCACGAAGGUGAAGAGCCCCUAAUUCCAAACUCGGCGGCAGACGCUGAGACGGCGCUGCUCCCCGCCGACCAAAUGCCCGCCGCAGCAUCUGGUCGUCACAGAGGCAGCACCGGAAGUGGUUCGUUCAGCGUUUUCGGGCGACAGAGCGUCUACCAAAACGUUGCUGAGGAGUCCACUUCCCCGACAAGUCAGAUCAACCAAUAUCCAACAAUGGACGAGUUGGCGGAAAUGCUCACCUCUGUUGUUGACUACUUCAAGUUGAAGUGCUUCGUCGGAUUCGGAAUGGGAGCUGGGUCCAACGUGCUUGCGCGUUUUGCCCUUCACCACCCAGAGAAAGUAUCGGCCCUUUUCCUGAUAAACCCCAACGGCACCACCCACGGCUACUACGAGUGGUUCCGCAAUCGUUGGUCCGAUCUGCCCAGUCUCCAACGCGGGAUUUUCACAGACAACUUGCUCGAUCAACUCGAAGCUCAUUGGUUCGGAUUUGGCUGCUGCCAAAACGAGGAUUUGGUGGCCUUCUACAAUCAGCUGGCCCGCAGCCUGAAUCCGGUCAAUCUGGCGGGCUACAUCGACGCCUACAUCAACCGCACCGACCUCGGUCUAGUCCGCUCUCCGGAUCCACCUGGCGUGGUCAAACAACGCGAGAGCGAAGCUGGACCUGAUGCGGCAGGACCACCGACGGAAAUCAAGGUUGACUGUUGCCUGGUUACGGGUUCACUGGCACAGGACCUGUCGCGGGCCCUGGCGGAUCUCAACGGACGCAUGAAUCCCCGCACGACGCAAUUCCUGCUGGUGCCCGAUUGCAAUGGUUUUCUAAUGGAAGAGGAUCCGGAUAAGCUAGCGUUGGACUUCUUUCAUUUCUUGCGCAACGUGGGAUUUCUGAUAAUGAUGACCCCUGAGAAGUUGCGCAAGGAGGCGGCGGCCUUGCAGAAGGCGACAGCGGAGGUGGCUCACCAGUACCUGCCGAGUUCGGCGUUCAAGGUGGAGCAGGAGGCCUAA